AUGGUUUUCUCAUCAUCGUCGAAGAAGGUUCAGGAGAACGAGGCCAAGGAUCCCUCGGCCUUUGUCGACCACGAAACAUCGAGCGACGACGGUCACGAUGUCUACCAGACCAGCGAAGGCCGACGCCAGAUCGGUCUCGUGAGCGCAAUUUUCCUCAUCUUCAAUCGCAUGAUCGGUACGGGUAUCUUUGCUACACCUAGCAGUAUCCUCUCGAGUAGUGGUAGUGUUGGUCUCGCGCUAUUCAUCUGGGUCGCUGGAUUGAUCAUCGCCGCUGCCGGUAUGGCCGUCUACCUCGAAUUCGGCACAGCACUUCCCAGAAAUGGCGGAGAAAAGAACUACCUCGAGCACGUGUUCAAGAAGCCUAAGUUCUUGGUCACUGGUCUUUACACCGGUUAUGUUGUACUCCUCGGCUGGGCUGGAUCUAACAGUGUCGUUUUCGGAGAAUACAUCCUCAACGCAGCUCAAGUGCCCGUCAACCGCUGGAACCAGAGAGGAAUCGGUCUCGCCUGCAUCACUUCCGCCUUUCUCAUUCACGGUCUUGCUUUGAAGUGGGGUCUUCGCCUACAAAAUGUUCUUGGUGUUAUCAAGCUCAUUAUCCUGCUCAUCAUCGUCUGUGCUGGUUUCGCCGCCCUUGGGGGUCAACUGCGCAUCGAGAAGCCCCACAACUUCGACAACGCCUUCGAGGGCACCACAGGCUCGGCAUAUGGAGUGGUCACUGCCUUGUACAAUGUUAUCUGGUCCUUCAUUGGUUACAGCAACGCCAACUACUCCAUGAGCGAGAUGAAGAAUCCCGUUCGUACCCUCAAGAUCGCCGCCCCUACCGCUAUCAUGAUCGUCGGUGUUCUCUACCUUCUUGCCAAUGUUGCCUACUUCGCUGCAGUCCCAAAAGAAGACAUCGUCAGCAGUGGGCGUAUUCUUGCCGCCCAAUUCUUCCGCAACGUUUUCGGACCCAAGGCUGAACGCGCGUUGAGUGUGUUCGUUGCCCUCUCAGCUUAUGGAAACGUCCUUUCUGUCAUCUUCUCGCAAGGUAGACUCGUUCAGGAACUUGGCCGCGAGGGUAUCUUGCCCUUCUCUAGGCUAUGGGCUAGCAACAAGCCCUUCAACGCGCCAUUCAUGGGUCUCUUCGAGCACUGGCUUGUCUCAGUUAUCAUCAUGCUGGCACCUCCUCCCGGUGAUGCCUACAACUUCAUCCUGAACGUCAUCUCUUACCCUCUUUCGGUCGUCAACGUCUUCGUCUCGAUCGCACUCAUCUGGAUCUACUUCCACAAAGAACAAUUCAACUGGAACCCUCCAGUCAAGGCUACACUUCCGGUCGCCAUCUUCUUCUUCCUCAGUAACGUCUACCUGGUCGUUGCACCAUUCGUCCCUCCUCCUACUCCCGAGUUGAACCAAUACAAGUCACUGCCUUACUACCUGCAUUGCGUUGUUGGUCUUGCCAUUAUCGCCGCUGGAGGUGUUUAUUGGGUCUUCUGGGCUGUCCUCCUGCCUAAGCUCGGAGGUUAUCGCCUGGAGAAGGAGAUUCACAAGGACGCCGAAGGCUGGACCAGGAACGUCUUCAUCAAGGUGCCAAAACACCAAGCGCCUGUUGAAGGCAGUAGCUUCUAA